AAGACAGAGUUUAUGAAUUAGGAAGCAUUAUAAUGAAUUAAAAUGCCGUUUGAAGUUCGUGCUUAUUAAAAAAAGAAUUUGAUCUUAUAUUAGCAAGUCAGUUUAAGGAAUAUGUGGAAUAAAAGGAACCUUUUUGAGAUAACGAUAUGGUUGAUCGUCAAUAUGGUAAAACUAGUAAAUCUGCAGGACGAUAAUAUGGAAAAUACAAUAAAAACUACGCCAAGUAAGGAGGUGGAUCAAAUGAAGAUGAAAACAAAUGAACAAUUGCCUGUCGCAGAUACGCAGAAAAACAUGGAAUAUAAUGACUGUGGAUGGAAACCAGAGUGCACAUCUAUGGCUAAGAGCUUAUCUUUGAACAACAAUAGAAAAGAUAUCGAGUUUUUUAAAAAAUGCAUCUCUGAAGUCUACUGUUACAAGAAAGCAUCCUCGGGUGACAAAUGGAUCAGCCUUCCUAACUAUGAAGCACAAUUCACCAGUUAUUUCACCGACGCAGCAAAGAGGGUUGAACGAUUUUUCGUAAGAAAUAAUGAUUGGAACAUGCUCUUGGAGUUAAAAACCUUACGCCAAGAAGGAUCCUGUCCGCAUUUACUUCACAUCAUUGCAGCAAGGUAUCAUUAUGUGGUAUACGUGCUUAAUAUCCUAUUUUCUGAUCGGAAGUUUGGUCCAUGUAAAUACGACCCAGUAAGCAAAACACUAGAGAACCCCACUGAACACGAAUGUUUUGUUGUUCCAUUACAUCCAAUAACUUGCACAUCAGACUUCGAUAUUGCUCUCAUGGGAACGAGGUCAGGUUCAUUGGCUGCACGAUUCAAUCAAUUCUUUCUGGAGCCACUCGGAGCAGAUAAAUUUGUACCUGGAUUUGGCAAAUCAUCAGAAGAAGUAUUCGGAGCUAACAUUUUCGCUUUCACCUUGGAAUAUGCAUUACCAGAUGUUGUUCGAAACAUGCCUCCUCCACAAACACAGACACUUACGAAACUCAGAGAUAAAAAUAAUUUCAAACUGGAGGAAAUUGUGACCGCCAUAAGAAAGAUGCGAAAUUAUUUACCCAAAUAUUACAACGAUUUGGUGAUGGACCAGGCUGAGUUGCGCUCCCGGGAAACGAAGGACAAUUUAGAUAAAAUCUUCAACGAUAAUGUUAAGUUAUUUAACACCAUCGAAGAGAAAGUCGCUGGUAUCAGCUCGACUCAGAAUUCGGAUAUAAGUUUUAGAUACGAACAAGACAUGGCCAGAAGCAUGAUUCAGGGUGUUGUUGAAAAUACUGGAAGAACUGAUGUUGUUGCAAAUUCCAUGGUGGAGCAUUCCAUGGCAACAAUAUAUGGUGCUGAGGUUUACCAUACUACAGGCACAGUACGUCAUGUAUUUGGAAGGAAAAUGGGAAAGCCUACGCUUGUGACGAUAGUUGACGUGUGGGCCUCAAUGUUGGAAAACUGGGCUGACUCAGUGAAAGAAUUCAAACGGGAAUGCGAGAAAAGAGGAUUACUAGUGGCACAAUGUUUACCAAAGAUGUCAAAAUACCUCGCAAGGACGCUGGCUUCAAUGAAAAGAAUACGCAAAUUACUUCCAGAUAGAGUCGAGGGAAAUAGUUUCAAAGAUGACUUGGCUACGUUGGAUGACACUGCGAAGAUUGUCUGGGGCUGGUAUGUUCGUGCAAAAAGAAUGGGUUUAGACGAGUUGCCAAAAAGUGAAAUAGAUAACUUCAAAGCAUUCAGGGGCAUAUUCGGAUGCCCUUUAUCAGUGAGAUUUUACAGCGGUGAUAUGAGGUUUCAUAACUGCUUGGACCAGAUUCAAAAUGAAAUCAGAAAAUAUAACAGACGCCUGUUUACAUACAUGGCCUACCAGAAUAAAGUAUAAACCGACUGAGCCGUAUAGGAUAAACUGGAACGCAGGACCAGAAUGAACUGAAUCUAACUGCACCGAU